CGUUGGCCCAGAAGUAUUUCUGAAAUGAUGACCGGACAGUUUUUACAGAUGUUGACGGGAGGAGGAAACAGAGUUUCUUGUUUCUGAAGAAGUCUGACAGAAAACAACUCUUCUUUCCAGCUGGACUGUUUCUACGAGAGACUUUAAGGCAGACAGAGUGAGGACCAUCAUCUUAAAGGACAGCCGACAGAGAGACACUGUCAUGAUGACAGACAACCAUUAUGACAACGAGAUGGACAGCAGCGCCCUCUGGAUCAAAGAUGCUCCCUCUGUCUCUCGCCCAGGACUCUCGUUUCCAGGACUCUCCAGGUUCAGGUCCUGGUUGUUUCCUGCUCUGACAGCUGUCGUCCUCCUGAUUGUGAUCAUAGCACUGGGGACCAGCAACGCAAAGACAUCGAAUCGCCUGUGGACUGUGGACCAGACUGUUUCCAACAUGAGCGACAUCAUCCAGUCCCUGAACGCCUCACUGCAGCAGGCUCAUGAAACAGCUAAUGAGGCUAAGCGGCUGCAGUUUGCUGUGGAGAACAACAAGGUCCAGCUGGCCUCAGUGUCGGAUGCGUUGAAGCAGCUGUCCGCCUUGGAUUCUCUCAGCAAGGCGGUCGCCUCCCUCAAAUGUUCCCUUGAACACAUCAUCAAGAACAGCUCAGCGGUGGACGGCUGUUGUCCUCUUGGUUGGGAGAAGUUCGAAUCCGACUGUUUUUUCUUCAGCACGUUGUCCCUGUCCUGGAACAACUCCAGAGACUGGUGUGACAAAGAGGAUGCUCACCUGCUCAUAGUCCACACGGACAAGGCGUGGGACUUUGUGAUCCGUGAGACAGCUUCUCAGUUCUUCUGGGUUGGUCUGUCAGACUGGAGGACCGGGCGGUGGGAGUGGGUCAACCUGACACCGUACACCAUGGAGCGCAGGCGAUGGGCUCCCGGUCAGCCUGACAACUGGAACGGUCACGGCCUGGGCCCUGGUGGUGAAGACUGUGCUCACCUGCACUUCAAUGGUCGCCUCAACGACCAGCACUGCUCCAUCAAGAUGCGCUUCAUCUGCCAGAAACACAGCCUUCGUGUCUAGACCCACACGGUGUUCACCCUGCUGUACAUCGUAACCAGAGCACCACAAACUGAUCAGCUCUGACCCUCAUCAGUUAAAAACAAGAACAGAACAGUGGAAGGUGAACAGCCGGAUUAUUCCUAACCAAUUAUAGAAAGUAAAUUCUACAAAAUCCUUAUUAAGGAUGUGCGUUAUUAACCUGUUAUUAUUUUGUAGUUGACUCUUUUUUAAACUGUAUUUUUUUAAUGUGUUGCUUUUCUGUAAAGGUUGAGUUGCCCUGUUGUUGAAAUGUGCCACAGAAAUAAACCUGCCUUGCCUCUUGCUGUUA